UAGUUUCAAUUAAAAUGGUAUUAAAAAAGAAGUAAAAGAACAAUUCACAUGUCAAAAUUCAAAUUCAGGAGCUAUUUUUUCCAAUUAAGGAAAAAGAAAAAAAGAACUCAGGUUAUCUUCAUGAAUCUGGUGAGGCCCAACAUUUCACUGCACGCUCUCCUCAGUCCAAGCCCAGACCUAGCAAGCUCCAUGGCGCCGCCGGACGAGCUCAUCGAGGAGAUCCUCCUCCGCCUCCCUCCCGACGAGCCGUCGUGCCUCGUCCGCGCCUCGCUCGUCUGCAAGCCCUGGCGACGCAUCAUCUCGCACCGCAGGUUCCGCCGCCGCCUCCACGAGCUCCACGGGAGACCCCCCGUACUGGGCUUCCUCCGAAACAGCCGCAAGGCCGUAAAAGACUUCGCCGCCACCACAGGCUCAGCCUUCUCCCUCGCCGUCCCAGGCGACUACCUGGCCCUCGACUACCGCCAUGGCCGCGCGCUUCUCCUCGACAUGGUUCCGGGUUGGGGUGAGCUCGUGCUGUGGGAUCCAACCACUGGCGACCAGGAGCGCGUGCCGGUGCCAGAGGCGAUGUGGGACAACACGUUCCAGGGAGACAACCCAACCGCAGCCAUUGUCUGUGCGGCGGCCGAGUGCGACCACCGCGGCUGUGAUGGUCUAUUCUGACACCGUCGGCUACCAGAACGGCUACCAAGACGAGGAGG